UGAAGGCAGACAAUCAGCUCUCAGGCACCGGAGGAGGAUCUUCUCUUUCUACCUUCCUCUACACUUCAUGGAAACUUUGAGAAACUGGAGUUCGCUAUGUGGAUAUUUUGUGUUUAUCUUCCUUACAACAGUAAGCAAAGGGUCUGCAUGUGAAGCUCCUACAAGUCUGGAGUGCUUCAAGAAAAAUGCUGACGAAUCGGUUUACAAUUGUGAAUGGAGCAUUAACCGAACUGAUGGCAUUGUGACGUUCACCCUUUACUUUAAUAAAACCAAGUUUGAGGUCUUUAACAAGACCUGGCUUAAGAUCCCUGAGGAAAAGCUGAUCCGACGCCGAGAGGUUUUCAUUUGGGUGGAAGCCCAUGUAGGCAACUCCAGCUGCUCAUCGCCCAGGAGGUCUGUGGUGCUCAAUGACAUAGUAAAGUAUGAUGCACCACAAGAUAUUUCCAUGUCCUGGUCAAAUAGCAGCCUCAGCUUAAUGUGGGAGGCUCCAGAGAAGCAUCCAGCUGAGACCGAGGUCUGGUUGCGAGGAGAUGGACACUCCGCAGAUUUGCGGAAAGAAGUAAGGUGCAUUUGUGUUUCGUCACCAAAUCUAUUUGCUCAUUUUGAUUUUUUGCUUUUCUAUAUAACCAGUUUUCCUUCAAUGUUGUUACAGACAUUUACCAGAAUCAACACAGACCAGGUGACCGUUGCGAAUCUCUCGCAGCAUUCAACUCACUUGGUUCAGAUCAGACAACGGUCCACUCAGGUCAAAAGCCCGCUGUGGAGCAACUGGUCUCCAUGGGUGAAAGUUCCUGCAGAACUGUCACAAGCGCCUGAAGUCAAGGUGACAACCAAACGUUUGAACGGCACGAGAGAGGUGACGCUGACUUGGAAGCUGAGGUCCCACGCAGCAGCAGCAGGAGUGAGCUACCAACUGAAUGACACACAGUCUUCUCAGGGAUGUCCUUGUGCGAGGAUAGAGAAGAGGAGACAACACCUCAAAACAAAUAAAUACACCAUUAACGUGGCAUACUCUCCCGUCGACAUCCAUGUCACAGCCAGAAACGCAGCAGGGUCUUCUCCUUGUGCAACCGUUCAUGUGCCAGCCGAACCUACUGCGGAUUUAGAAAUUUGUGACAAAAUGGUGGAUGAUAAAUUGAAUAAGAAAACUUGCAAGCAAUGGUACGAGCUUCCAGAUGGAGGUUUGAAGCCAGAACUUGCGAAAACUUUACAAAGAAAGACAAAACCAGGAAGGGAGAAAGAAACAAAGAGCGCAGCAGAGUUAGAGGAUUUCGUUGGCUACCUUUACUUUGAACACAUCUGUGACGAUGGGAAGCCGCGGACAGUUAAGACCUGCCACUACUACCAGAAAGAGGGAGCACCGCUCAGAGAACCUCAGGACAUCACUGUUUUUGGUCAAACGCACAAUUCUGCGAACCUCUCCUGGAAAGCGAUCCCCUCUAAGGACCAGCGAGGUUUCCUCACCCACUACAGCCUGUGCAGUGGGAAAUUGGGUUCGCGGGACGAGGGGAGAGAGUGCCACAACAUAUCAGCCUCAUUGAGAAAAUUCAGUCUGGAAAAAUUGACACCGGGAACAAAAUACAAUGUCAGCCUGGCCGUAGUGACCCGAGCGGGAGCAGGACCCGCAGCCACAGUCACCAUUAACACGCUGCAGGAGAAACAUGUGAAUGUGUGGUUGAGUUUGGGCCUGCUGAUCGGGUUCUUCUUCAUCUCGACAAUGUGCACCGUCAUCUUGAAGAGAAUCCAAAACAAGAUCUUUCCUCCUGUGCCGAAGCCUGUUAUUCCAGAUUUCUCACCCAAUCACCAUGGUCAGGAGAUGCUGGAGGGGAAAGAGGAGGUGCACGACCUGAUACUGCUGCAGCUGCACCCAGAGCACAAGACUGUCCCUCAGGAAGCAGAGGAAACCACCGGCCUCCGAGGAGAGUGGGACGCUGGGAGCGACGAGGAUGUGGAGAAUGAGAGGGAGGGGGAUUCGAGGGUGUCAGAGGGGAGCGGUGAUGAGAGGGAGGGCUCAACAGAUGGGCAGCAGAAGAGGUCCAGAGUCAAAGAACUAACCGAUCUGGAGCAGGUGGAAAGCGAGAUCGCCCUGCUGAUAUACAGGAAUGGUUUGGUCUUCGAUCUAAAGACAGAUUCACCUUAAAGAUUAAAUCUUUUACAUAUUUGUUCACCUAUACUGGAUUAAUGAAGUUUGUUUUGAAAGUUGUAUCUUUUCAUUUAAAGUACUUGAUCUUUCCUGUAGCAGGUAUCGGUUUUCCUGUUUCACGUUUGUGUAUUUUUGAAUAGUAUUUUGCAGCAGAGUGGACCACACACAGACUUUGUCCCUGCAGAUUGUCAAUAAACAAUUUUUGUGUUAAGGUCUUGUUCAGACCUUUACUCUGUUGUUCUGUAGAAUUAAAUAACUAACUAAAAACCGAACUUACUUGAAAACACACAUUUGAGCAUAAAUCGGCUACAAUGACAGAAACCCUCUUUGUUUGUUCUGUUUUCAUCUCUGCCUUGUAAGGUGACCAUGAGCGAUGUGAAAGGGGCAUCCAAAUAAAAUGUUUUAUUAUUAUUA